AUGCCCUCAACUAGUGAAACUUUAUUAAUUAAAUACCAAUCUAUUUACAAAAAAGCAACCGAACAUGUAUUCACAAAGGAAUUAUGUCAAGGUACUUUGGAUGAUCGUUCAUUAUACAUCUACCUAGCACAAGAUUUACAAUUUUUUGAAGUGAGUCUAAGAUUAAUCUGUAAGAUCACCUCUUUAGCGCCAGAUACUGAUAGUUUAAUUACGUUAGCCAAAAAAAUUGGAUUCUUUGCCAAUGAUGAAAAUACAUAUUUCAGAGAUUGUUUAGAAUUAUUGGCGCCUUCUGUGUCUGAAGAAGAAAGGAAGAAAUUUAGUACAACUAUUAUUCCAGGCAUAGAUAAAUAUGUCCAACUAUUGGAAGAAUUGAAAGCUGAUCACUCUUUGAAAUACUGCGAAUUGAUUACAUUCUUAUGGUGCUUGGAACAAGUCUAUUUGAAGUGGGCCCAUGAUCUUCCAAGAAAGGAGAACUUACACUGGAAAUAUCAAACUUGGAUUGAUUUACAUGAUGGUGAACAUUUUGAAAGUUGGUGUACAUUCUUGAAGAAUCAAGUGGAUAAAUACCCCGUUGAAGAGGUUGAGGAAAUAUUUGUCAAAACAACAGAAUUGGAGUUUGAAUUCUUUGACAGUUGUUAUUCUGCUUAG